GGCCCUGCAAAGCCAAGCAAAGCAAAGGGAAGGGGUCCCUCUUGCACCAUACUCCCAGGAAAGCCAGACCAGGAAGAGGAGGAGCAGCAGGAGGAGGAGGAGGAGGAGCUGGAGAGAAAGAGGCCUCGAGAGCCUGGUGAGGGACUUCCGUGGGUGCAACCUUUCCCUGCCACCCGCCAUGGCCAUGAGGGACCUGGUGGAGCCAGAAUGCGGGGGCUCCAACCCUCUGAUGAAGCUGGCCAGCCACUUCACCCAGGACAAGGGUCUGCAGCAGGAAGGACUCCGGGGACCCCUUGCUUGGCCUUCCUCUGUGCCCACCGCAGAAGUGGUAUCUAAACCUCUUGGAAGAGCCUCUGAAGAUGAACUGGUGGCAGAGUUCCUUCAAGAGCAGAAUGGCCCCCUGCUGUCUCAUGCGCCUCAAACAUUCAAGAUGGAUGAUCUGUUGGCUGAGAUGCAGGAAAUCGAGCAAUCCAGUUUCCGGCAGGCCCCACAAAGAGCUCCAGGGGUGGCAGCACUGGCUCUGUCUGAGAACUGGUCAAAAGAGUUCCUUGAUGCUGCUGACAGUGUUGUUGAUGUUCCCACGGAUUAUAAUGAAGCUGACUGGUCUCAAGAGUUCAUUGCUGAGGUUACAAAUCCCUUGUCUGUGUCUCCUGCCAAAUGGGCAGAAGAAUAUUUGGAGCAGUCAGAGGAGAAGUUGUGGCUGGGCGAAUCAGAAGACCAAACAGUAGCUGAUAAAUGGUACGAGGAAUACCAGCCUGAAGAUGAUCUCAAGAAAACUGCCAAUGAUUUUCUUUCAAAGGUGGAUGAUCCCAAACUGAAUGAUUCUGAGUUCCUAAAGUUUGUCCGCCAGAUUGGAGAUGGGAGGGUGUCCAUCGAGGCAAAUCGGGUGACCAUAACCCCCACAGACCAGGAUCAGGCAGAGCAUUGGGCAGCUGAGUUUAUACAGCAGCAGAAUGCUUCUGAAGCCUGGGUUGAUCAGUUUGCACAUUCUGGGGACACACUGAGCCUGGAUCCUGAAUUUGAGCAGGCGAAAACUGCUGUGGAGUCCGAUGUGGAUUUCUGGGACAAGCUGCAGGCUGAGUGGGAGGAGAUGGCCAAGAGAGAUGCAGAAGCCCAUCCUUGGCUCACAGACUAUGAAGAUCUUGCCAGCGCCACUUACGAUAAGGGAUACCACUUUGAAGAAGAAAACCCUGUACGGGAUCAUCCACAUGCUUUUGAAGAAGGGCUGAAAUGUCUGGAAGAAGGUGACCUGCCCAAUGCCGUCUUAUUCUUUGAGGCUGCCGUGCAACAGAACCCCAAUCACAUGGAGGCCUGGCAGUACCUGGGCACCACACAAGCCGAGAAUGAACAGGAGCUUGCAGCAAUCAGUGCCCUCAGGAGGUGCCUGGAGCUGCAGCCAGGAAACCUUACGGCACUCAUGGCGCUGGCUGUCAGUUUCACCAAUGAAUCACUGCAGAAACAGGCAUGUGAGACCCUGCGGGACUGGUUGCGCCACAAGCCAGACUAUGCUCACCUCGUGGGGAAGGAGCCUGAAGAGGACAGCCCCGGUCCGGAUCUUGGGCCCUCUAAGCGUGUCCUGGGCUCUCUCUUAAAUGACUCACUCUUUGUGGAAGUAAAAGAGCUGUUUUUGGCCGCCGUAUGCAGCAACACCUCUGCUGUGGAUCCUGAUGUUCAGUGUGGCUUAGGUGUCCUCUUCAACCUGAGUGGUGAAUAUGAGAAGGCUGUGGAUUGCUUCACUGCGGCACUGAGUGCCCGCCCAAAUGAUCAUCUCCUGUGGAACAAGCUGGGAGCUACCUUGGCCAAUGGAAACCGGAGUGAAGAAGCUGUGGCAGCUUACAGGCGGGCCUUGGAGCUACAGCCAGGCUACAUCCGCUCCCGCUACAACCUGGGCAUUAGCUGCAUCAACCUAGGGGCCCAUAGAGAGGCGGUGGAGCAUUUCCUAGAAGCCUUGCACAUGCAGCAGAAGAGCCGGGGCCCGCGAGGCCAGCAGGGUGCCAUGUCGGACAACAUCUGGAGCACUCUCCGUAUGGCGCUUUCCAUGCUGGGCCAGAGUGACCUCUAUGGGGCGGCAGAUGCCAGGGACCUUCCUACCCUUCUGCAGGCGUUUGGCAUCCAACAGUGACUCCUGGAUGGGCUCCCUUGCGAGUGCAGGGUGAGCCCUCCUCAACAACACAGACCUCUUCUCUCUUCUCCUUCCUAAACGCACAUGUGCCUCAGUGAGGCAGCCCCACCUCCCCCACCCAGCCCCAUUUUCACUCUCCUUGCACUCUGGGGAGAUCACUCACAUUUUGUGUGGGCUACCCAGGACAGAAUUAAUUUCCUGUAACCUGUCUUACAUCCAGGGAACAGUCAAGUGACUGGAUCCUCCCUUAGUCUGAUAAAAGUUUCACUCUACAAGGGAAGCAGAUACUUUGGGAAAACUGGGUACAGUUUUAAAUGGCAGGCUGUUGCUGUUGCCCUUUGCCUGUGAGAGUGUAUGCAGAAAAAAAUUCUGGGACAGCAAGAUAGGAAAUGAGUGUGUGCUAACAUUGCAUAGGUGACUGAUGAACAGUAGCUUUCUUGGCACAAAAUAUACACAGUCUUUAAAACUCCCUUUCAGAGGAUGGAGCGUGAUGUGGAAUUUUGGGCACUUGCCUUCUGAGGUGCUGCUAACAUUGAAAGUCCAAUACAAAGUGACUGAAAACAUAUCUUUGUGCACCAGCACCACAUGCGUGUUUGUUUCUGUCCACCCCUUCUCCCUGCCCCAGAGAUAUGGCGGAGGGGGGGGGGGGAGAACAGAGCAGCUGUCUAACUGUACUUAAUCCAGAAAGGAGACUGCUAGGGUGGGGGAGAGGAAAAGGGGUCUAACUAAAGCUCAACAUGCAGGGCAGGGCCUAUGUCUUAAUUAUUCCUCCGCCAUACUGUUCUUGUAAAGUAAGAGGGGACUAGUUAUCUUUGUGCAUAUGAUUUCCCUUCUUUUGUGUAAUUGGCUCUUUAAAUAUCUGUAUAUGAUUUUUUUGUUGGGGAGAUGUUUUUAAAUUGUAAAAUAUUUUGUAUAAUAGAUGGUAAAAUAAUUAAACUUGCCAAAUUAAA